UCGAAGUUUCACUCUAAGAAACGCUUUCUCUCUCCACCGUCUGUUUCUCUCUCUAAGCUUUUUUCCGGCCAACAGUAGCAAAAUAUGGGUGGCAAUUCGCCGUGCGCCUCGUGCAAACUCCUCCGGCGACGGUGCGCCAAAGACUGCAUUUUUGCUCCCUAUUUUCCCUCCGAUGACCCCCACAAGUUUGCUAUUGUUCAUAAGGUUUUUGGUGCCAGCAAUGUCAGCAAAAUGUUGCAGGAACUGCCAGUGCAGCAAAGAGGCGACGCCGUGAUGAGCCUAGUUUAUGAGGCAAGUGCAAGAGUGAGGGACCCAGUUUAUGGCUGCGUAGGGGCAAUUUCGUACUUACAAAAUCAAGUCUCACAGCUACAGAUGCAAUUGGCUGUCGCUCAAGCUGAGAUUCUUUGCAUCCAGAUGCAACAAGACCACCCCGUUUUCCCAAAUUGCCCUCAGAUCCACUCCGACGAGAAACCCCCCACUCUUCUACUCCCCCCGCCGUCAUCGCCGCCGUCUCAGUGCCUCAAUUUUGCUUCCUCUCCCAAUGUAAUUUAUGAUGCCAUUUUUGGACAUGACAUCGUUUCUUAAAUCAUGAUCAUAAUUAUCACUUCA